AUGAAAAACACGAGUGGAAACAUAAGAUCAAUUUCCCCCAACACUGACAUAGAAGAAAAAAAAAAAAAAUGGCUAAGCACAAUUAAGGGUAAAGAAACGACAAACCUAAAAAAUGGAAUAGACAACAAAAGCUUAAAGAGCACAGCGUUGUCAUUCUUUAAAGAAAAGAAUAUUUACAAUGAGGAAAAUUUAAUUAUUUUAAAUUUUUUUUGUAAAGAAAAAUUAGAUGAUUAUCUGGUAAAUGAUGAAGUUAUAGAAUUUUUACAAAAAUCUUUUUUUUUAUAUGAAUAUUUCAUAAAUGAAGAAAAAUGUAAAAAAAUUAAUAAAAAGGAAUUUAUUGAGAAUAUAUGUGAAUGUUGUAGAAGAAUAUUUUUAAAAAAUAUUAUAAAAUAUGAAAAACAAAUUCUAAAUUUUUUAUUAAAAAAUUUAAUCAAUUUUAUUAAUAAAUAUUCUUUUUUCUCCAUAUAUCGAUCGUUAUACAAUAUAUACCAUUAUCAAAACAAAAGUUAUAAAAGACCUAGGGAAUACAAAGAUGACAAAUUCCAGUUCCUACUUAACAUAGUUCAGAGAAAAAUAAAUGGAGAAAUUCUACUCAUUAAUAAUAACAAAUUUAAUUGGGAUGAUGUUUUCUUACUUGAUGAAAAUGAUGAAAAAGAAAUUAAGGAAUAUUUUUCUGAUAUAAUGAUUAAUACCACAUAUGCCAAUUGCAACAACAUUCGUCUUUUAUCGAAUGUGGGGGAAGAAUAUGUGAAAGAAAAGGAGAAAGGAAAAAUAGAUCAAACAAUAAGUAGAAUUUCCAAGAAAAAAACGGAAGAGAUAAUUACAAAGAAACCACAAAGUGGAAAGAAAAAGGGCACAAUAUUAAAAAAUAUAGAAAAUCACAAGGAUGAUGAGUCUAAGACAAAUCCAGAAUUUGCAGAAAUGGACUGCUUAGAGAAAGAGCUUAGUUGCUUCUAUAUGUAUACUUAUUUCAAGUCUUGUUUUGACAAUAUCAGUUUUUAUUUAAUAGAAAAAUUUAUUGAGAGUUAUUAUACUAACCAUAGUAAGGAAAGUAUUUAUAAGGAAUUAUUUUUAUUUUUAUUUUUAAUUUACAAAAAUAAAAUGCAUAAUGUUGUAGAUGGAAUGUUGACAAACACUAUAAACGAUUUAAUCAAAACAAAUAAUACAGAGGUAAAAAAAAAAAAAAAAUUAUUAAACCAUGAAGUUGAAUUGAUAAACAGAAACACAUACGUUACUGAUUACCUAUUCUAUUUCGAAUUACUAAUAAAUAUUAUAACAUUUCAGAAUUUACAAUAUGAAAACAAUUAUGAACAUUAUAUACAUAUGCUAAAGUUAUUGCAGGAAAAUGAUGAAAUUCAGGAAUUAUUUAUUUCGUCUUUUUUUUUUAUUCUUAUUAGUACUGAAGAUGGAAAUAUAAGAGACAUGAUUUUAACUAAUUUUGUGAAAUAUUAUUCAAAAAAACAUCAUAUUGUAGCAAAAUAUGUUAUGCAUAUAAGAAUGGUAUUUUCCCUUAUAUACAACAUGGAAAAUCAACAUGUGAUAUACAACCACGCAACAUUUAACAAUUUGCCUAUAAAUCAUUUUUCUAAUCUUCAAAGUAAUAAUAGUGAUAAGAAGGAGAAGAGAAAUGGAAUUGAAAUGAUAAUGAGACAUGAGUAUCUUUCUUUUGUAUCUGAUAAUAUACAUAUAGACAAAUAUAUAUGUUCAUUUAUUAAAAAAUUAUAUGACAUCAUCAGUAGAAGUAGUACGGAAAAUUUUUGUCGCGCAACUAAUAUGUACUUUCACAUAUAUGAUAAUAUUUUUAACAAAAUAAUUAACACUAUUUAUGAAAAUGAGAUGAAUUUAAAGGAUGAAUCUUUUGAAAUUUGUAAGAAUAUUUUAAGACCAUUCUUAUUUCUUUAUAUAGAAUUAUUUGAUAAAAUUAUGGAAAAUUUUAAAGAAAAAAUAUUCAAUGAACGAGCAAUGCUUUCUUUUUCAUUUAUCAAAAAAUAUCUUUUCAAAAAUUUGUAUGAAAAAACUUUUUUGCAGAAGGAUUUAUUUUAUGUUAUUUAUCAACUAUAUUUUCUACUUUACUCGCUGAAGUACAAUUUUCUCAACUUCUUAACAACUCUCAUAACAACCAAACGUAAAGUAAGUCAUCACUUGGAAUGUUUUCUAAAAUUAAAAAUUCAGAAUUAUAACAACCUCUUGAGGAAGUCAGUAGAGUGUAUCGAAGCAGGAGAUAACGCUCUCCACGACAUUUCCAAUUCGGAGGUUGUUAGUGAUUUGAAGGGAAAUCGAGACAAAGAUUCUGAUAGCAGCAGUUAUGAUUACCAAAAUGGCACUUGCACCGAUGAUGAAAGCGAAUAUGACCCAACCCGCACGCAGAACAAAUAUGCGCAAAUGAAAACGGGGCAAAAUAAGACGGAACAAAGGAAGAAACAAAAAGAAAAAGAGAUAGAAAAAGAAAAAGAAGAAAAGAGCAAAAACAGAGCGCACUUGAAACGGGACAACAGCGAGAACAACAAAUCAAGUGAUGAGGAUAUCUCUGAAAAAAAAGAUUAUCCAUCAGGCAGCAAAAAUAAUAGUUCGCACGACUUGAUAGGGGAUAAUGUAGAAGAUGCAGAAGGAAAUAAUAUCCCUAAUGCAAGCACUGAAGAGAGAGAAAAAAAUAAUAUAAUUAAUUUUUUUCAAAAAAAUUAUUGGACUUUAAAAUAUUUCGAGGGGAAUACGAGAAACACGCUGGAUGAAUACUGUGUCUCGGAUUUUAAUGUAAGUCUGGAAAUUAAGGAGACACCCAAAUUGAAGAAGCACAGUAUUAGUAGUAACCAUAGCGAUAAAAGGUGCAAAAAUGCAGAGGAUAUGAAAAAUGUAGAGGGAAUAGAUGGGGAAAGUAACAUGAUAGUGAACAACAUUAAUGGAAGUAGGGACGAAAAACUUAAGUUUGUGAAAAAAUUAAAUUCGUUCUUUAACAGAAAGAAAGAAAUCGAUGAAGUUAUCAACGACUUGUUCCUAAACAAUAAGGAUAAUGUGUACAGCAAAAUUUUAAAAAGCAACUUGGAAAUUAUAAAAGAGCUUGGAAAUAUAAGAAUGAACAUUUUGUAUCCCAUUUUUAACGCCAGCUUAGUAUUCCUAUUUGAUGAUUUUUAUUUUUUCAUCAUACAGAAUAUAAAAUUAGUGAUAGAAGAAAAAGAAAAGAAAUUUUCCAGGCACAAAAUUUUUUUAAACAUUUCCUUUAUUUUGUUACACACAUUUGCGAAAGAUGUAAAGAUAGAAAAGUAUUUAGUAUCCAUUUUUUACAUUUUAAAACUUGCGUUAAACAAGUUAAAAAAGUUGAAAAUAGUAGAACAGGUAAAAACCCACAGUAACAGUAGUGGCAGUGGUAGAUACAGUGGAAGCAGAAGUAGCAGGGGAAGUAGCCGGAGCAACAACAACAAAAAUGAUAACAGCAGUAGUAAUAAUAAUAACAGCAGUAGUAAUAAUAAUAACAGUAGUAGUAAUAGUUAUAACAGUACCAACGAGGUGUAUGACAAGAAUGCAAAAAAAUUUGAAAAUAGAGUAAAGUAUUACAGCCUGAGGACAGAUAAAGAUGUUAUAAAAGUGAAUAGCUCGGAGUUGAAGGAAGGAAAUGAAAAAAAUAUCGAAUCUGUAAGCUGUGAACAUGAAGGGGCAAUUGGCACCCUCGUUUGGGCAGAAGAAAAAAUUAAAUUACAUCAGAACAUUUUUUAUAUAUUUUUAAAAUUGCUACAAAAUAUUUUGAAAGCAAAUAACUUGCAUUAUAAUUUUAAAUUUAUAAUAUACGACAUUUUAUUUUCCGAUUACUCCAAUAAACGAAUUAUAUUCUCCUGUCUGAAGUGUAUCCUUGAUAGAGAAAAAUUGGAAGAAGUUUACACGUACAGCUUGGAGGUCUUAAAUGGAAAAAAAAUGGACAUGACCCAAUUCGAAGUGGGAGAAGUGGAGAGAGGAGAAAUGGGAAAAAAGGCAGUCAAGGAGGCAGUCAAGGAGGCAGAAAAAGAGUCAGACAAAAAGGCAGACAAAAAGGCAGUCCAAAAGGCAGACAAAAAGGCAGUCAAAAAGUCAGUCAACGGGGCAGACAAAACGGAUGAGGAAAUAACAAGUCAUGGGCAAGCACAAAUUGAGAAGGAACGAAAGACAAGCAAGGACCCGUGUCUCACCGAAGUGAUGAAGAAUGAGAACUCAAUUAUAAAUAAACCAAAGACAAAUGCUGGGAUAUGCACCCCAAGUUAUCUAUCGCAUAUCCUGUCGAACAGAAAACAUUUCACAGUGGAUUUUUUUGAACCUAAACUUAUGAACAAUUUAAACGUAUCCUCCCUUUAUAUCAAUCUAAUAAUAUUGUAUUUUAUAUUUACACAGAAAAACAAAAACAAUCAUAAGAGCGACUUAUACAACCGUUGCAUAAAAUUGAAUAUUGAUAAUUACCACAAAAUUACAAAUAAGUUGAUAUGCCUUUUGUACUCGAAGGGCCAUCAAAAUGCAUACUAUGAGAGGUAUUUAAAAUAUUUUUGUUUAAAAAUUUUUAAAAGAAUUUAUAAUACAUUUUCAAUAAAAGAAGCAAAUAUGUAUAUAAAACACAUAAAAAAUAGCAACAAUGAAAAUGCUAUAUUUGAAGAUAAUAAACUGAAUGAUAUAAAAUGCUUGAAGGAUCAGUUAAUGGAUUUAUUUGAAUUCUUAGCAAAUUGUGAAAUUAAGAACUAUUUUACGAAAAAAAAUGGAAAUAAGAUGAAUUCAGAUGAAUACAAAUUUUUCUUUUUAAAAAAUUUAAGUUGUAAUGAUUAUAUAUUAAAAAGUGAUAAUUUUUCUAUUAUGAUAAGCUGCCUAUUUUUUCUCUUUAACUGUAAAUAUGAAAAUAUAACCUUUUACAAAAUAAUAUACAUUAUUUUAAACGAAAAGAACGAAAAUAAAAAUUACAUUUUAAAAAAAAUGAUAUCAUCUGUAAAGAAAUUUUUCAGAUUAACUGGUGUGUAUAAUUAUGUAAAAAAAGAAAGUAAAACAAAUAAUAUAAGAUUACCAAGAGAUGUUACAAAUCAUUCUGUCUUGCUAUACAUAAUUAGAACAACUGUAAUUCUUCUCCUACUAAUGGAUAAUAACAGUAUUAACAAACCAACACAUGUUCAGGAGGAAAAUUAUAUAACUUAUCCGAAUUUCAUAAAUUAUUAUAUAAAAAAAAAAACAAUUAGGAAUUAUUAUACACAAUUAAACUUUUUACUCUUUCGAAUAUUCUAUAAUGAAAAAAAUCUACCACACUUCUUUAAAAUAUUUUUUAGUACAUUAUAUGUCAUAGCAUUUAAAAGCUUAAACCAAAAUAACUUUUACUUUUUUGAGAAAAUAUUCAAUCAUAAGAAUAACACAGAAUCCAUGCGAGUAGAUAACACACGAAAAAAAGAACAUUGUAAUGAUGUUAAGGAAAAUCAACCUAAUGGAAACACAGAUAAAUCGAUGGAAUUGUUACUAGAUGAGACAAGCAUUCGUUUAAGUGAAAACUCCAAAACACAAUCUUCCUGCAAGUCCAAUAAUCUAGUAAAAAAAAAUAAUGAACACAUGGGAGAAGAAGAAAAGAAUAAAUCCAAUCAAACUGGAUAUGAAAAAAAUAAUGGAAGUAAAACAAAAGUAGUAAGAAAAAAUGUGCAAACAAAAAGAAAAUACAUGAAGGAUGAUAGUUCGGAGGAAGACCAAGAGGACAGAAGUUUUACUUCCGAUGAAACAAGGAAAAAUUAUCGCUCAAUUUUAAGAAGCCGUACUGUGCAAACAAGGAACAAAUUAGGAAUUAAUUACCAAGAUGAAAAAAAGAAAAUUUUGAAUAACAAAUCGGAUAAAAAAUAUAUCACAAUUGAUGACAGCUCAAGUAGUAACUCAACUUCCGACUCAGACGUAUCAUUUAAAAUAACUACAAAAAGGAAUACUAAAAAAAAUUCUGAUGCUAAUAAUUAUAGUGGUACCACCUGUGGAAAAAGAAAGGAAGCUUCUUCCAGUAAUUCGGAAAAUACAACAAAUGAAAAAAAAGAUCAAGGAGCUAAUAGCAAGUCCAACAUCCAAAUAGACGAAAAGAAAAUAAAGAUACGGAUGGAUGACUCUGAGAAAGGGCCCUUUCUUAAACAGCCAAUUAACAAAGGUAAACAUGUUAAAAUGGAAGUAUUAUAUGAGAUCGAUGCAAAGGAAGAGUUGGAAAUACUGGACGAGAAUGGAACAAGUGCAAACGGUGGUGAACCAGUAGGUGUAACUACAGGAUCAAAAAAUAACCUUACGGAAAAUUUCAUAUUUAAUGGUUCUUUAUCUAUAAAAAUUUUAAACCAUUUUUUACUUCUGUGCAAAGGAUUCCAUGAAGACUUAGAACUAAAAAUAUACAAUGGUAUAAUAGCAAGCCUGAAAGAAAACGAAAAUGAUAAGGAAAAAUUAAAAAAUCUUUUCAAGUUAGAAUUCAGUGAAGAAGAUAAAAAUUCCAUGAAAUAUAUGAAAAAAUUACAACUCCUGAGAAUAAUUCAGACAAAAAUUACUUUCCUGAGUUUUAUAAAAGAUAAUUUAGAAAAAAGGAAAUCCCUUAUAUCAAGAAUGAGUGAAUUAAAUUUAAACAUUUUUAAAAACAAAUCCAUGUUUUAUAUUGAGUUAGAUCUCAUAUAA